AUGCCCCGGCCGAGGUGGGUCUCCUCAUCUUCCUGCUUUUUACAUGACGUUGGAUCUCGUCGGGGCGGGGUGGAGUUGUAAUCGCUGGUUUUCUUCUUGUUCGCGCGAACAGGGAGUCCGAGAUGCCCCAGCAGCAGCAGAAGCAGCAGCUGAAGCAGAAGGCAAAGCCGUGGCAACCUCCGUCGCCUCUGCAUCUGAAGACUGGUAGCCCCGAGUCCACCGGGGCCGUCCCUAGCCGCCGCGGCAGUCCGAAGGUGGAGGACAGCCACCGUCGAUCGCCGCGCAGUCCACUUUCCGAGGUGAGUCGCCGCCGGACGGUCCUUGUCCGCUGCCUGCAUUCAAUCUGAAAACCACGCGUUCUCUGUGAUCGACAUUUCAGUCCCCGGCGAGGAGCCAGAAGAAGGCCGGGAGUAGGGUGGCGGAUCUGCAGAAGAAGUUAGGGCAGGCACAGGAGCAGAUCAAGAAGCUGAAGGAGCAGCUGGCGUCGGCAGACGAUGCCGAGGGGGGCUCAAAGCGCGAGCCGGAGGAGGCGGUGAAGUCGGUUCCCGUCGCUCCGGAUUCUGCCGCCGGAGAACGAGUGGAUGAAUUCGCAGACGCGCCGGAAGAUGCUCAGAGGAAGCACGACGAGACCCCCUCCGAGGAUGCGCCACCGGUGGAGGGCGAGAUCCAGGUCCCCUCGACGGAGGUCGAUAUCUCCGAUCUGGUCCCUCCGGCAGCCGCCUCACCCGUGGAUCCCUCGUCUGAGGAAGAUCAGGGAAUGAAUGAGCCGGCGGCGAUGGAGGCUAACGAGGAGAGGGAGAAGAUCGAGGACUGUGGCAAGGGGGAGGCAGAUAUCAUCCCGGAGGCCGGAUCGAUGCAGCUGAUAGAAGUCGCCAGGGAGGGCCAGAUGAACGGAGACGAAGGCAGAAGCGCGGAGAGCAUGGUCGGCGAGCUCGACGUCCUCUUGGCGGAGAAUGCCAGCCUGAAGAACCAGUUGGCGGAAGCCGAGGUGAGCUCAGCGGCGGCACUGACCAGGGAGGAGGAGAUGGCCCUGAAGCUCAGAGACGCGGUGGAAGAGUCGGCCGCGAACAGGGCGAGGGCGGACCGGCUGGGGAAGCAGCUGGAGACAGUGGAGGGAGCGGUGGCGUCGCUCGAGACGGAGAUGAAGACGCUGCGGGUCCAGACGGAGCAGUGGCGGAAGGCGGCCGAAGCGGCGGCGGCGGUGCUCUCGGCCGCCUCCGCUCCAAACGGGCGGCGGGUGACGGAGCGGUGCAGGUCCAUGGACAAGCACAUGGGGAUGAGCUACCAGGUCGGGUCGCCUCUAGCCGGGGGCGAGCUGAAGGACGUGCUGAGCGGGGGGAGGAAGAAGGGGGGCGGGAUCCGGGCGCUGGGAGAUCUCUGGAGGAAGACGGCGGCGCUGAGCAAGCCACAGGAGAGGAGAUGA